AUGAAGCAAAACCUGCCCGUCAUUAUCCUCCUCACCUGGAUGCUGCAUCUGCGCUUGAACGCAGCCGUUUCACCAGACAUAGCCUUCAGCCUACUCAGCGUCGAAGCUCUGUACCAACACUCGAAUUUCCACCGCGCCGUCGAUGUCGUCCUCGCCGAUGCCGACCGGAUGAUGGGUAUCGAAGCCAAAAGGCGUAUGGCGGUGCAAGAGAACCAGGCGCAGAGGGCACUGUUGGCCAACACUCUGGGUAUCUCGCCUGUUGAUCCGGAGCUGAUUGCUUCGGACCAGGCUGCCAGAGAGGCUUACUACCAAGACAUGGUCUACAUGCGGAACAAGGUGCGGGACUGGAACGCCCGAGCCGAUUUGUACGACGCCGCGCACCCCGAGCGGGAAUCCGAGACGGAUCGAUUGGGCCAAGCUCGGCGCGUCUCGCUCAGGAUCCAGCGCGGAACCAAGAUGCGGCAGCUCGAGGUCCAUGUUGCGCUGCUCGAGCGAGCUCGGGCUAGGGAGUUGCAGAACCAGGCUCGCGGUCCUGCCGGCCCGGCGCUUCAUCCCGGUGUGCAUGUCGGUGGUUUCGCCUCGACCGGUGGCCAUACUCCCGCGAUCGAGGGCCAUUUUGGCGCCCCGGCUGCUGCGGAUGGCAAGCUGGGACGACACCAGGAGGUCAAUUGUGGGGACUGA